AUGGCACAACAAUACAUGGGCACGCCGACGUCCUGGCGCCUCGUCCAGAUGGCCCAGGACGCCUACGAGAUGCCGCUGCAACAGCUCGCAGCACCGCAACCCCACGACUCCCACCCUUCUCUCGGCCACCUGGUCCUCCUCGUCUUCGAGGCUGUUCUCGAAGUCGUGUGCGUCAGCUUGCCUGGCUACAUCGUCGCACGAUUGGGGCAUUUCGAUGCCGACAAGCAAAAGUUCCUCGCCAACCUCAAUGUUAUGCUCUUCACACCUUGCCUGAUCUUCACGAAGCUGGCCUCACAGCUGAACGCCGACAAGCUGGUUGAACUCGCAGUCAUCCCCGUCAUCUUUAUCGUCCAGACACUCGUUUCCUACGUCGUCGCCACCGGUGUUUCGCGAGCAUUCGGUUUCAACAAACGAGCGUCCAACUUCGUCACCGCCAUGGGCGUCUUUGGCAACUCCAACUCUCUGCCGAUUUCUCUCGUUCUGUCGCUGUCGCAGACGCUGAAGGGUCUCCACUGGGACAGGAUACCCGGCGAUAACGACGAUGAGGUGGGCGCUCGCGGCAUCCUCUAUCUCCUCAUCUUCCAGCAGCUCGGACAGUUGGUUCGGUGGAGCUGGGGUUACCACGUCCUCCUGGCGCCCAAGGACAAGUAUCCCGAAUAUCAGAAUGAGCGGGUCGAGGAGGGUCGCUACACGGAUGAGCAAGAUGCACGCGAGGCGGACGCGCUUCUGCCUGGCUUUGAAGGCGACACGGCUGCCAACUCUCGCUCGCCCUCGAGCAGCGAUCUGUCGCAAUACGAGCCCGGCGGUCGCACCCCCGUUGCCCACCAGUCCCAGAUCUCGUUGGUCGAUUCCGACACGGAUGACGAGAGCCGACCUUUCAUCGCGAAGAAGGCUGGUAAGCCUGUCGCAGCCGCGCCUCUGAACGGAAACCAAAGCGACGACCCCAUGCUCUCCUUCCCCCGCAUUCGUAGUGCCGAUGACAACGAGUCGCCUGAGGGCGUCGCCGGGUUCCCUGCCCGCGCCAAGAUGACAAUCAAGGACAAGCUGAGCGCAGCCAGGCAGACCGUGGCCGCCUUCUUCGCCAGGAUCUACACGAGCCUCCCUAACCCUAUCCGUGUCGUUCUCGCGGGUCUGGGUCGCUUCGGUGCCAAGGUCAACAACUUUAUCUGGGAGUUCAUGAACCCUCCUCUGUGGGCGAUGCUGUUCGCCGUCAUCGUCGCUUCUGUCCCGGCUCUGCAACAGCUCUUCUUCGAGGAAGGCUCUUUCGUCAAGAACAGCGUCACCAACGCCGUGCAGUCCAGCGGUAACGUGGCCGUACCUCUGAUCCUGGUCGUCCUCGGCGCCAACCUGGCCCGUAACACGCAGAAGAGCGAGAAGCAACGUGAUCCUGAGGAGGACAUUAUCGGCCAGAAGCUCCUCAUCGCUUCGCUCAUCUGCCGUAUGCUUCUCCCCACACUCAUCAUGGCCCCCAUCCUCGCUGUCUUCGCCAAGUACGUGCCCGUGAGCAUCCUUGACGAUCCCAUUUUCGUCAUCGUGUGCUUCCUCCUCACGGGUGCCCCGAGUGCCCUGCAGCUGGCCCAGAUUUGCCAGAUCAACGAGGUCUACGAGGGCGUUAUGUCGAAGAUUCUCUUCCAGAGCUACGUCAUUUGGAUCCUUCCCUCCACCCUCGUUCUUGUUAUGUGUGCCCUCGAGGUUGUCGAGUGGGCCCAGCUCGGCUAG